CAGAAGUUAGAUUAAAAGAAGAAAAUUUAUAAGACAGUUCUGCGCACUAUAUAAAUAAACGCAGAAUAGUAGAGAGCGUUCAGUUUCUCUUUUCCGUUUUUCCGUUUGAUAGUUUGUAAUAUGGAAAGAGAUUUUAUGGGCUUGAAUUUAAAGGAUGGAUCUGAAUAUCCGGGACGCUGCGAGAAUUCUGAGAAAGCAGAUGAAGAUGCUGCCUCAUCCAAUAAGAUUGCAUCUCGGAAGAGAAGAUAUUCUAUGAACUCUAUCAGCUGCUUUGGUGUGGAAUUAACUCCAGAUACAAUUGCUGUAGCUAUGGUGUAUUUUGUUCAGGGCGUUUUGGGACUUUCCAGGCUUGCAGUUAAUUUCUACUUGAAAGAUGAUCUGCAUCUUGAUCCUGCAGAGACGGCUGUGGUAUCUGGUGUAUCUUCUUUACCGUGGCUUGUCAAACCCUUGUAUGGAUUCAUCAGUGAUUCCUUUCCACUGUGUGGCUAUCGAAGGAGGUCAUAUUUGGUAUUGUCUGGAGUCUUGGGAGCUUUCUCGUGGAGUAUGAUGGCCACCAUUGUCGAUAGCAAGUACAGCGUUGCCUUGUGCAUACUUCUAGGAUCCCUUUCUGUAGCAUUUUCAGAUGUCGUUGUCGACUCUAUGGUUGUGGAGAGGGCCCGUGGCGAAUCACAAAGCGUGUCUGGUUCUCUUCAGUCUUUAUGCUGGGGUUCCUCUGCUUUUGGUGGCAUUGUAAGCUCCUACUUCAGUGGCUCCUUGGUUGAUGCUUAUGGUGUGAGGUUCGUCUUUGGAUUAACGGCUUUGCUUCCCUUGAUAACAUCUGCUGUUGCAGUCCUUGUGAAAGAGCAGCCACUCCAUGACUCGACUAAAAAACUUAAUACUUUGUCAGACUCUGCAGGCCUUUUGGGAUGCUCGAAAUAUAGCUUAAUUCAAUUGUGGGAUGCUGUGAAGCAGCCCAAUGUGUUUCUUCCUACCUUAUUUAUUUUCCUGUGGCAAGCAACACCACAAUCUGAUCAUGCCAUGUUUUAUUUCAUUACAAAUGAACUCAGAUUUACUCCUGAGUUUCUGGGACGCGUGAAGCUUGUAACUUCCAUUGCAUCACUGGUUGGCGUUGGGAUUUACAACGGGUUCUUGAAAGAUGUUCGAUUGAGGAAGAUGUUUCUGGUGACUACUGUUAUUGGUUCAGUUCUUGGGAUGACUCAAGUUUUCCUCGUCAGUGGAUUGAAUCGGAAGUUUGGCAUAAGUGAUGAGUGGUUUGCAGUUGGCGACUCUUUGAUCUUAACAGUUCUUGGACAGGUUUCGUUCAUGCCUGUAUUAGUAUUAGCAGCAAAGCUAUGCCCGGAAGGCAUGGAGGCAACUCUUUUUGCAACCUUAAUGUCGAUUUCCAAUGGUGGGAGUGUGCUUGGGGGUCUAAUAGGAGCCGGCCUAACUCAGUUAUUUGGAGUGACUAAGGAUAAAUUCGACAAUUUAACUUGGCUGAUAAUCCUGUGCAAUCUCAGUUCAUUGCUGCCUUUGCCUCUACUCAGCCUCCUCCCUGAGAAUACAGCAGAUGGAGAUGGUGAUAUUGAAAUGAAAUCUAACUGAUGAGCUAUUGAAGAAAAAAAAGUCUGAACUAAAUCUUUAGCUUUGCAACUCUGUAGAUUCUUGCUGCAUUGACGCUUACUGGGCUGGAGACUGAUUGGUUCCACACAAACUGUCAAUUUACGAGUAAUUAAAAAAAAAAAGAGUGAAACAAAAAUCAGGUGUAAAUAUCAGAUGGUGGUGUUGAACUGAGAAAGUUGGAUCAUAUAGUCCAAGUUUAUUUUGGGGAAAUCUUGGAUUGUAUUUGAGAAGCUUGUUGGGGUUAUGACAUGUCACCAGCUUGUUUGGCAUUGUUACUAAGUUUGUCUUCAGAUUGAAUAAUCUUUGUUAAUUUUCUAUUGCUUGGCUGGGAUUUUGGGUCCCAUACGUCUCUGGGAGCACCAAAAUUGCCUGAAACUCUUUGACACGCCUAUUAGUGGAUAAUGAUUCAUACUAAAAUUGGAAAACAUGGAAAUGUAAAUUUAAGAGAGGAUGCAGAUAUGGGAUAUAAUGGUUAAUGUUGUACCAGAAUAUUCCCAAAACAGAGCGCUUUUUGUAAAGUUACAAAUAAA